AUGUGCUCCCAGAAGCAAGCUGGUCGCCUGGAGCACCUGAGCAGGAAGUCUGGGCUCACUGACCAUGCUGAAGCCCACAAACUCCACCUCUUCACCUACAGAGAUGCCCUCAGUGUUGCCAGAGUAAAUGCUCACAAAGCCGCCGGCCCAGAUGGCAUCCCUGGCCGCAUCAGAGUGUAUGCUGAUCAGCUGGUGGGGGUCUUAUCUGACAUCUUCAACCUGUCCCUGUCCCAGGCUGUAGUCCCCAACUGCUUCAAGGAGACCACCAUCACCCCAGUAUCCAAGAAAAACAAGGACACUGAGAUUCUGAAUACAGCUGUGCUCACCGGGAGAACAGUUGCCGUGCCAGUAAAGGUGGUCACCAUAGGAACAGAUGGCACAGUUACGGAUGUAACAGAGUCGGUAGAGUGUCGGUCAACCGAUGAAGAGGUGGUCAAGGUGUCGGAUCGUUGUGACUAUGUGUUUGUGAACGGGAAGGAGACGAGGGGGAGGAUGAGGACGGUGCUCAACUUCACCUACAGCUACCUGAGCGCCCAGCUGGAGAUGAGUGUGUGGAUGCCCCACCUCCCCCUGGUCAUUGACGUGGCUGACCCCGAGCUCAGCCAGAUCAAGGGCUGGAGGGUCCCGGUGGCGACCGGCAACAAGAGGUGUAGGGUGAGUGCGGGUGAUGAAAGUGACAGUGAGAGGACAGAGAGUGGCUGUGUCCCCCAGUACCAGAGCACCACGGUGCGUGUCCUCACACACUUUGUGGCCCUGGGAGUUGAUGGAAAUGGCCAACAGGACUUCUUGCUGGGCAGUGAUUGGCAGGUGGACGUGACUGACCUGGUCCAGGAUUUACUGAGGGUGGAGGACCAACGUGUGGCCUAUCUACUGGAGGGACAGGUCCUGAUGGGCCUCAACACUGGCACAGCCAAACUACAGGUGAUGUCUCCUCUGUCUGACUCGAUCCUGGCUGAGCGGAUGGUCAGGGUUCUGGAUGAGAAAGUGAGCGUGACAGAGCUGGGAGUGCAGCUGGUGUCUGGCCUCUCUCUGUCCCUCCAGCUCAGCCCAGGGAGUAACAGGGCCAUAGUCGCCACUGCUACCACACAGGAAGUCAUGCAGAAACUCAAACAGGAGUCCCUCAUCAGUGCCUGGCUCCAGUUCAGCGACGGCUCCAUGACCCCUCUGGACCACUACGACCCCGCCCACUUUGUGCUCACAGCAACCUCAUUGGACGAGCAGGUGGUGUCGGUACGGCGCAGCGCGGAGUGGAAGUGGCCGGUCAUUGUGGCAAACGGCGAAGGGCAGGGGUUACUGGUGCGUGUGGAGAUGACAUCAUCAGAGAUCUGCCAGAAGACAAAGCGACGCACCAUUUUGGCAGCCGGGGUGGGAAAUGUCUGCGUUAGGUUUGGCCGCUCUGAGGAGCCAUACAGCCACCCUGGAGGCAAAACACGACCAGACCCGCCCUACUACGGAGGCUCCAUCUCUGACAUUGAGGCUGGGAUCAUGAACCGGGGGGCCACAACAGUCAAGACCCCUAUCCCGGUGAGGCCCAAUGGGGACAGGCUGUCGGCCGACGGAAGAGUCCCUGGGGGGUUCUCUGAGUUCCCUGCCCAGGAGGAGCUGCCGCGGGGCCGCAGCACGGAUGAGGAUCUGUUGUCAUCACGCCGCAGCCUCACUGACCUGGAGAUCGGUAUGUACGCACUGCUGGGCGUCUUCUGCCUGGCCAUCCUGGUCUUCCUCAUCAACUGCAUCUCCUACGCCCUCAAGUACCGCCAUAAAGAGCUGCCCUUGGAGGCCCCCGAGGCCAUGCCCCAUGCCCACGACUGGGUGUGGCUUGGCCAGGAGGAGGGCCUGUGUCUGCAGCAGCAGCAGGACGAGCUGGGCAGCACCCUGGAAGAAGGCAGCCAGUUGCUGAACGGCGGUGUUCUGAAGGGCAGUGCCCAGGGAGGCUGCCCGGGAGGCAGGAACGAGUCACUCAACUCACCCACCACCAAGAGGAAGAGGGUCAAAUUUACCACCUUCGCCAACAUCAAGCCCAGUAACGGAUGCCCAGUUCUAAGCCCGCUGGCACUCGGACAGACCACCGACAUUAAGUGGGUAUGUCCGGACAUCGAGCUGGGGGACUCGCAAGAGCUCCGGAAUUACAUGGAGAGGUUGAACGAGAAUGCUACAAAAAACAUUGUAUAG